AGCGGCCACUACAGGAACAGCCGAGCCGGAAGGGGAACUGCCUGGUCGAUACACGUGUGAAAAAUGUGGAGCAUUUGAAGGAGAAAUAAAGAGUGUGUCGGAUUUUAUAACUGAGAAAUAAACCGUGAGUUGAGGAGAAAAGGCGGAGAGGAUGUUCGGGUCUUCGAGGUCAGGAGGAGUGAGAGGAGGACAGGACCAGUUCAACUGGGACGAUGUGAAAGUGGAUAAACACAGAGAGAAUUAUCUGGGGAACUCUCUGAUGGCUCCAGUAGGACGUUGGCAGAAGGGGAAAGACCUGACGUGGUUUAGUAAAGAUAAACAGAGCUCAGGGGAGAAGGACAGAGAGCAGGAGCUCCGAGCUGUCAGAGAGGCAGAGCACAACGCCAUGAUGGUGGCACUAGGUCAUAAAACGGUACAGAAGCGUCCGGCUGGUCUGACCAAAGAGGAUCUGGUGGACGCGUGCAGGAGAGAAGGAGACGGAGAAGAACGAGAUGUGGACCGAGUCUCAGGGCUUGGAAGCUCCAGUGGUGGAGGUCGGAGGAUGAUUUUCUCCAAGCAGGAGAAGGAGGCGGUGAAGAUGGGACUCCCUGUGUUUACUCAUCAUAAAGUGGCCGCAGCUGAAGCAGCAUCAGCUGAGAAACCUGAGGAGGCACAGAGAGAAGAAGCAGAGAGGAAAAGCGACAGAGAUGAGAGCCACAAGAAAAGCAAAAAGGAGAAGAAAAGCAAAAAGGAGAAGAAGAAGAAGAAAGAGAAGAAGAGGCACAGAAAGACUCGGACUCAGACACCGAGCAUAAAAGGCGUAAGCAGCACUACGGAGACCACCGGCGUACCUCCAGCCCAUCACGUGGUUCUCAGCGAGGACACGAGGCUCGACACAGGCGUUCAGACCCAGGUUCAAAGGUCAGGCAUCGAAGCCCCUCCCCUAGAGGCCGGGACCCCCCACCCCGCCAUCGCCAUGACACCGACUCAGACGACUGAUGAGACGACGGAUUGAGAUUAUUACACACUUCCUUAAGAUACAGUGUGUGUGUGUGUGUGUGUUUUAUUCUUUUGUGCACAAUUUGUAUUGUGUUGAUUUUUAUCUUUUUCAGAGAAGACACUUCUGCGAGGCAUGCACACACACACACACACACACACACACACACAGUUAAACCCCACAUUAAUAAACUGAGUUUGUUUUUUUUAAA